GACUGACGUCAGGUCACGUGGUCGGGUGAAAGGUGGAGGAAGGCGGAAGUGUCUCGGAUUGCAGUUGUGGGUCAGAAAUAAACAAACGCUGCCAUUAACAGUGUCCCGGAUUAUUAUUGACGGACACAGACAUGGACGAUACACUUUUCCAGUUAAAGUUCACAGCAAAGCAGCUGGAGAGACUGGCGAAGAAAGCUGAGAAAGACUCAAAGGCAGAGCAGGCUAAAGUUAAAAAGGCUCUCCAGCAGAAGAAUGUAGACUGUGCACGUGUGUAUGCUGAGAACGCCAUCCGUAAGAAGAAUGAAGGUGUGAACUGGCUGCGUAUGGCAUCACGUGUCGAUGCUGUGGCUUCUAAAGUACAAACCGCUGUCACCAUGAAGGGGGUGACUAAGAACAUGUCUCAGGUGACCAAGGCUCUGGAUAAAGCUUUGAACUCCAUGGACCUGCAGAAAGUGUCAGCCGUCAUGGACAAGUUUGAGAGUCAGGUCCAGAAUCUGGAUGUACACACUUCAGUCAUGGAGGACUCUAUGAGCUCAGCCACCACCCUGACAACGCCGCAGCAGCAGGUGGAUGAUCUGAUUGUGCAGAUUGCGGAGGAGAGCGGGCUGGAGGUGAUGGAUCAGCUCAACGAACUUCCUGCAGGAGCCUCCUCCCUCGGGGAGAGUUCAGUCAGGACACAGGACAAAGAGGACCAGCUGUCCCGCAGGUUGGCGGCUCUGAGGAACUGAUCUGCUUGUUCCUGAAGAGCUGGAGCAUGAUGACGGAUUGAUGACGGAGUGAUGACGGAUUGAUGAUGGAGUGCUGACUGAGUGAUGAUAAAGAGCGCUCAACUGAUGGACUCCAGUUUUUAUUCUAAACUUCACCGGCCUUUGAUUUGUCUUUUCUUAUCCCUACCACAAUCUAAUAAUACACAAAGACAUCUCUCUCUUUUGCUGUCUCUCUUUCUCUCUCUCUCUCUCUCUCUCUCUCUUUCUCUCCCUCCCUCUCUUUCUCUCCCUCCUUCUCUUUCUGUCUGUCUGUCUCUCACACACACACACACACACACACAGAGACAUAUUCAUAUUACACACACUGCUGAAAUCUCUCGUUGUUUACACACACACUGUGUGAAGCUGAGCAUCAGGACUCUCUUUGUGUGUGUGUGUGUGUGUGUGUGUGUGUGUCUGGGUUUGCAAUGAGAUGUGCACUUCUUAUGACAGGCAGGAAGUUUACACACACACACACACAAGAUGUAAAUGAUGUAUACUGAUUAGUUUUAAUAAAUUUGGUUCUGUCCAGGGGAGGAGUGUAACAGGACAUAGCUGUACACAUUCUGAUUUGUAGCUGAUGAUGUGAGCAGUGUGACUGCACAAAUUAACACUAAUCAAGUGAUUUGGAAUGCAGUUGCUAAGCUCCACCCAUUUUCUAAAGACACACACACAAACACGCUGAAUUGUAUUAGCAUUGUGGCUAAAGCUCUUAGUGUUGUUCAGCCUUACUGCACCACACACACACACUUCCUCUUCCUGCUCAUUUAUGUUCCUCCUCCUCAGUGCCUGAAUCAGAUGUUAGCAUGUGUGGAGCCCACGCAGCACCACGGCAUUGUGGGUAUGGAGACCUGUCUUCAGUACAGCUCUCUCUCUCUCUCUCGCUCUCUCUCUCUUUUUGUGUGUGUCUGGAAGUGUUUUUAUUUCUGUGUUCCUAAGGUUAUUUAUACGCUGCCGCUUUUCUCUUUUGGUUUUGUACAGUUACAAUGUGGGAAUAAAAUGUCUCUAAUAACA